UUCAUUCAACAGAUCAGUGAAGUCCCACAGCACUCAAACUGUGCAAGACCACAGAUGUGAGGCGUCAGGAAGAGUGAAACAGCUGGUUUUAUCACCUGUCUACGCUGCUGUCGCUUCUUUGUUCCAGACAUAAAUAUGAAAACAUGGUAGUCAAAACCAGAAAAUCAAAUGCCAAGGACCAGAGCAGCGAGAAGGACAGGAGUCAAUCCGUGUCGGGAAAAAGCAAGCGUGCGAAAGAUGGGAAGGGCUCGGCUUUCCAGAGUAAAAACGGACUUUUUGCAGGGUUCAUUAGAAGCAAAUUAGGUUUGAGCCCGUCCGCUUUUGCACGAGGAAUAUCAGUGUUGGUUCUCGCUCUUAUUGUGGGAUUUUUACACUGGUAUCAUCUUUCACAUCUAUUUGAAAAUGACAGACACUUUUCCCACAUGUCCUCUUUGGAAAAAGAGAUGGCCUUUCGAACAGAGAUGGGACUGUAUUACUCAUACUUCAAGACCAUCAUUGAGGCUCCUUCUUUCAUGGACGGUCUUUAUAUGAUAAUGAACGACCGGCUUACUGAAUACCCUCUGGUGAUAAACACAUUAAAGAGGUUUAACUUGUACCCUGAGGUGGUCUUGGCCAGCUGGUACAGAGCGUACACCGGCACAAUGGAUUACUUUGGGAUCCCUACCAAGAUGUGUUGGACCAUCAACAGAGGGGAGGGUUUAGAUCCAGUGGAGAGUUGUGAAGGUCUGGGGGAUCCUGCAUACUUUUAUGUCACCUUUGUGUUCCUGUUAAAUGGGGCAAUGAUGAGCCUCUUCUUCAUUUAUGGAACAUAUCUGAGUGGCAGUCGACUGGGUGGUACUGUUACAGUUCUGUGUUUCUUCUUUAAUCAUGGAGAGAGUACUCGGGUCAUGUGGACGCCACCUCUGAGAGAGAGCUUCUCCUACCCCUUCCUGGUUCUGCAGAUGCUUCUGCUCACCUACAUCAUCCGGACAAGGAACCCAAGCAAGAAUACCAUGAUGGCUUUGGGAAUCUCCAAUAUUUUCUUCAUGCUGCCGUGGCAGUUUGCACAGUUUGUCCUACUUACCCAGGUGGCAUCCCUUUUUGCUUCAUACAUCCUGGGAUAUCUGAGUCCGGCAAAAAUGCAGUCCGUCUUAGUGACACACAUGAUCUCCUUGGCCGUCUGUUUUCUUCUAAUGUUCGGGAACUCGAUGCUGCUGACAUCCUUUUACGCCUCUUCACUGAUCUCCAUCUGGGGGGUAAUUGCACUCAGGGACCGUCUGGUUGGUAUUUUCAAACCUGGACUCUUCGCAUGGGUCAUGCAGUGCCUUGCAUGGGUGGUCUCCACUGUCAUUCUGAAGUUCAUGCUCUCAGUGAUCUUUGGGGCAUCAGAUGAUGCCCACAUCAGCAGCCUGAUCAAAUCCAAGUUCACAAGCUACAAAGACUUUGACACGAUGAUGUACACGUGUGCCGCUGAGUUUGACUUCAUCGAAACAGAGACUCUCAUCCGGUACAUCAAAACCAUGCUGCUUCCAAUUAACAUCCUGAUCGUGGGUUUUAUUGCUGGAAGGACUAUACAGGACAUUAUUGCGUUGCUCAGACAUGAGAAGACGGAAAAGCCAGAGGAUGAUGAAAUGCAGCAGACCCAGAUGUUGGCGAAGGGAGUGAUGGUGUAUCACAGUCUGCAGCUGGUGGCGUUUGCAGUGCUGGCUGUGCUCAUCAUGAGACUGAAGCUCUUCCUCACUCCUCACAUGUGCAUCAUGUCCUGUUUGAUCUGCUCCAGACAGCUGUUCGGCUGGGUAGGAGAGAAGGUUAAACUCCAGUUGACAGUCGUGGGAAUAUUGUCCAUCAUGGCAGUCCAAGGAUUCACGAACCUGCAGAGUCAAUGGGACAUCAUAGGAGAAUUCAGCAACUUCCCUCAGGAAGAGCUCCUGGAGUGGAUCAAGGACAACACAAGCCCUAAUGCUGUGUUUGCUGGUGCAAUGCCUACCAUGGCAAGUGUAAAACUGUCCACAGGAAGAGCCAUUGUGAAUCACCCACACUACGAAGACGCAGGAUUGAGAGAAAGAACAAAGAUGGUGUACGCCAUGUACAGCCGAAAGCCAGCUGAGGUAGUGAAGCGAAACUUAAUAAAGCUGCAGGUGGACUAUUUCAUCUUAGAGGACUCGUGGUGCACCAGACGCUCCAAGCCUGGUUGCAGCAUGCCUGAGAUCUGGGAUGUGGAGGAUGGCCAAAAUGCAGGAAAAGUGCCACUUUGCACUCUCAUGUGGAGGGAUUCUCGUCCUCACUUUUCCAUUGUCUUUCACAACAACAUUUACAAAGUCUUGCGAGUUUCCAAAACAGUGCGAGAAAUGAGAUAACAGCAGUUUUUCCCCUCACCUUACUGUUUUCCCAUCUUUGAUAUGUGUACACAGCAAUGAUUAUUUUUGUAAAGGUCAGAUGUGUUUUUCUCAAGCCCUGCUUCUGCCACUUUGGUGUCCGUUUUGUUUUGAUAAGCUAUAAGAGAUGUUUAAACCGUGGUGAGAGAGUCAGUAUUAAAUCACCUCUUUUCUCUUGAAGGGAUAGUUCACCCAAAAAUGAAAUUUGCUGAAAAUGUACUCGCCCUCAGGCGAUACAAGAUGUAGACGAGUUUGUUUCUUCAUCAGAACAGAUUUGUCUAAACAGACUCUAAUUCUGACGGCACCCGUUCACUGCAUAGGAUGUAAUGCUAAAUUUCUCCAAACCUGUUCUGAUAAAGAAACAAACUCAUCUACAUCUUUAAGCAAAUUGUCAUUUUUUUUAUUUAACUUUUCCUUUAACCAUCUGCUCUCAUGCUUGUUGAAAUGUCUUUUGUUAGGAUGACUGUGAUUUUUGCCGUCGAAGUUGCUGCUGUUUGCCGGUUGCAUAUGGUCCAGACAAUUGUUUACUUACAGUCAUUUCACUUUUUGUGCAUAAAAUAUUUUAUAUAGUCAGUCUCUUUUACGGUUUUCAACCUGUGAAGUGUCGUAAAACACUUUUUGUGUGUAGUUUUAACAUUUUCAUUUAUUUUGGGCAGAUGCUCUUACCAAAGUGACCUACAAAAACGUUAUAUAUAUAGUUUGAAGGAGGGUUAUGAUAGUGUUAUUUUUUUAAAUCUGCAAACUCAAUUUUCUUAGUCAACGGUUGUAAAUAAACUGCUUGUUACUGUUUUUGUUUGUGGAAAUCAUGGUCAGUGUUAUGUAUUAGAACAGCUGUCUUAAGAAAGUAUUGUUUUUGUUUGAUAUUUGUAUUAAAUAUGGAUCAUGUUUCUGUACUGAGGUUUAUCAGUGAUAGUGUUGUACUCAUUUCACCAAGUCAGGAAAUAGACAAGACAACAGACAAGUUUUUGUCCUGAUUCCUUUCCUGAUAUCAUGUAGUAAUAAUAAUAGUCCUUCAAAAACCGAAGGACUGUAAUCACUGCCGUGGUAUUAUUAAAAAUAUCGAUUUGUAGCAUGAGUUCUGUUGUAAUUCAGAAGUGUCCUUUACAUUUCAUUUGAUGUGCAUGUGAAGUGUUAAAGAACUCAACUUUUUUCUUGUUUCGUUUUGUCUGUUCAAUCAAAAUGUGAGGUACUGAACAUUUUUUAUGUCAACAAAUAAAUGUUUUCUUAUUUGAA